AUGGGUUAAGCUUAGGUUUCACAACAAGAAUAAUCAUCGAACAAAAAAUUAACUCAAUCUGCUUAAGGUAAUUAAAACAGUCCUGAAAGCUAGGAUUUCAACUCAAAUCAACUAAAUUAAGAAUAGAUGAUAUAAAAUCUCAACAGCGAUUAAAAUGAGAAAAGAGAAUUAGAAAAUACUGAUGAAGAAAUAUAAAGUGCUGAAGAUAUUGAAAAUAUUUGGUUGUCAAGAACUUUUGGAAUAUUUGCAAAUACUUAAUAGAUUUAUGGUAAGUAAGUUGAUUUUAUACCUAAAGAUUAAAUAUUAACAGUUGAUUUUUUAAUAGAACAAGUUUAUUAUCAAUUUUUAACGUCUUCCUAAUUUACAGAGUAAGAAAAAUUACAAUUCCUUAUUAAAUCAUUAUCUUCUUUAUCUGAUUACAAAAUUUAGAAUGAAACAGUGCUCUUGGCUGAAGGCAAAAUCAAAAAAGAUAAAUAUUUUGACCUUUUGAAUCAUAUCUAAGGUUAAUUACUUACGUGUACAUUAUAUCCUGAUGCUUUCGAUUGGUAAAACAUUGAUGAAGAUCCUAAUAUUUUUGACGAUGAUAAAAAUUAUAGAGCCAAUAUCAUUUUUUAUGAACUUUUUUGUUCAAAUAAUUUUGUCAUAGCCUCAAAUACUCUUAAAAACUUAUUUGAUUAUUUAGAAACACAAGCUAGUGAAGAUGAUUCAUUUAAAUUUUUAGAACUUAUGAUGAAGAGAGAACUUAAAUUAUAUAAGCGUAUAUCUUUUGAUGAUACUCUUUUAUAAUAGCAUUCACUAGCUCUAUUGCAUAAUUUAAUCAACUAUUAAAAACUUAUGGAGAAACUAUUAUCAAACAGUUGGGCAUUUGGCAAAUUCGAUUAAAUUAAAACUGGAUUUUAAUUUUAAUUAUACAGCAUAAUUGGGAAGUUAUUAACUUUAAGUUCAUUUCCAACAGAUGGACAGUAAUGGAAUAGUUUUUUCUCCGAUGAUAGAAAAUAAAUGUUAGAUCAAAUGAGUUGUUUGAGAACAAAAAUAUUUCUAAUUAUAGAUGAUAUAUGUAUUCUAUUCCAAAAGAUUUUGAAUUCAAACGAAAUACUUAGAAGUAAAUUAUUUGAAUUUAUUUCUAAUAUCAUUAAAUUGAAUUUAAAUUUAGAAAAAUAAUUGAACAUUUAAUUGUAAAAAUUAUCAUCAAGUCCAGGAUUAGUGUAUAACUUUUUUUACAUUCUUACAUACCUAUUCAACUAAUUCGCUGAUUCAUAAAAUAAAAUCAAUUAGUAUAUUAAAAAAGUAGAUCUGAAUUUAUUAAUUUAUUGUAAGAAACAUCCUCUCUUUUCAUCUUUGUAUUAGAAUGUUGACUUAUUGGCUUCAGAAUUAACAUAGUUUGUUGAAGCUGAAAAUUUAGAAACUAUAAUCGAUCCUAUGACUGCAUUAUAUUUAUUUACUUAAAGAAUGAGUCACAUAGUAGCUAAUAGUUUAGAACAAUUUUACAUUUCAAUACCUAUAAGAGAGAUAAAAGAACUACUACCAGAGGCAUAUUAAUCUUAUAGAUAUAAUAAAAUUUUAAAACAGAAAAUAUCUUUUGACUUAUAAAUCUUACACCCAAAAAGCAUUAAAUAAAUUAUGCAAUUUUUAUGUUUUGCUAAUUAAUUAGCUUUAAGUCUUAUAGAUUCAGAUCUAAAACCAAUUUAUCCUUAUGGAUUAUUAUCAUCUACAUUUUUAAUUGAUACUUAAAUAUUUUCAUCUAUUUAUUCCUUUAAUGAGGAAAUAUUAAACCAUGUAGUAGAAUUAUAAACAUUGUGUGAAUUUGCAGCAAUAUCAAUGCAUAAAAAAUUGAUUACAAAUCCUCAUUUAAGAAUUAAGUCUAUAAAUAUAUUUUAAAUCAUUGAUGAUAAAAAAGGUUCCUUUUUUUCAAGGGAUUCAAGGUAGGUAUGGAAAUAAUCAUAAUAACUUACUAGGUUAUUCAAUUCUAAAUAUCUUAGAACAUACUUAUUUGAUGGAAUUAUUUAAUGUUUUAUAGAUACAGAAAAAGUAGCAGAAGAAAAUUAAUUUUUAUAAAAAUUAAAUAUUAGAUUUAAAAUUUGUUUAAUAAUUAGAUAUCUUCUUUAGGUACAUAGAGAUUCAUAUCAAGAAUGUUUAUUAAAUGGAUUUAAGAAUGAUAAAGAAUAACAAUUACAUUUUUCUAAUUAUUUUUUAAAUGAUUUCAUUUAUCUAAUAGAGGAAUGUUUAUAAUGUUUAAAAAAUAUAAAUCAAUUCUUCAAUGAAUAACCAGCAUAUUUCUAAAAUUAUAAUUUUCAAAAGUUGUAAAAAGAAUUAAUAGUUAAAUCAUAAUAUUUUUAUGAAUAUUUACGAACACUAGAAGUUAUAACUUCUAUUUAACCUGAAAUAUUUUUGAUUGAUGAAAUUAGAGAAAAAUUAGCAAUUCAUUUAAAUUAUAUUUUAGAGCAAAUUAAUGGUAAAUAAUCUGAAGAUUAUAACAUUCAAAAUAUUAAUGCAAAAAUUUUCGAUAAAAUAUUUAUUAUGGAAAUCUUAAUCAAUAUAUAUAUGAAUUUAAGUAAAAACUAAUAAUUUCUAUUUGAAGUAAUUAAGGAUGAAAGGUAUUUAAAUUUAUAUAUAAUAUAAUAGAUCAUUUUCUGUUGAAUUAUUCAAAUAAAUAUAAAUUUAGACAUAAUAAUUCAUAAAUUGUGAAAAAAGGAGUGAAUUAUUAUAAGAAUUCAUUAACUAAAUUGAAGAAUUAAAUUAGAAAUAAAAGGUUCUUGUUUAAAACUCAGAAGAUAUACCAGAAGAGUUCUUAGAUCCUUUAUGUUUUUCGUUAAUGACAGAUCCAGUUAAACUUCCUCAUUCAAAUGUAUAAUUAUAAUUUAUGAUUAGGUAAUUGUAGAUAGAUUAACCAUUAAAAAACAUCUUCUUAAUAACCAAAUUGAUCCUUUUGAUAGGAGUCCAUUAACUUUAGAUAUGGUGAUAGAUUAGAUAGAAUUAAAACAGAAGAUAGAGAAUUACAUUACAAUAAAUUUAGAAAAAUAAAAAAAUAAAUAGACUUUAAACUAAGAAUAGUAAUGA